AUGCUACACCCAUUGCUCGCGGCAGUAACAGCUGCCGUCUCUUCGUCCUUCGUCUCACCGCCGCGGCGAGUCCCAGCUUCUCCAGGUCCGGGACGACGACGUCCUGGUGGCUUCGCGGUCCGGUGCGCGCCGAACGGAGGUGGCGUGACAGCAGGCGCCGACACGAACUCGAAGCUCAAGGUGGGCUCCCCGAUCGUCAUCCUCGAGGCUCCUGUGAUGCUCAAGACCGCCGCGUCGGUGCCGUCGCUCCGGCACAACAGCGGUCAGGUCAAGGCCGGCGACGUCGGAAGGAUCAUGGCGCGGAAGCCCAAGGACGUCUGGGUCGUGCGGCUCGCCGUCGGCUCAUACCUGCUGGACGGCAAGUUUUUCAGUCCCUUGGAUUCUGACAACGGAGACGAUGAUGAGCCCCAGGCCCACGAUGAAUGA